AUGGGCUCCCCGGAUGGCUACCGACUCCUUCGCAGCCUCUCCACCAGGCUGCCCAAGACGUGGAAGCCGCAGCUCUUCGAGCGGCAGUUCUACAGCGAGAUCCUGGACGCCACGCUGACCAUCACCGUCACCAUGCGGACGCUGGACCUCAUCGACGAGGCCUACGGCUUCGACUUCUACAUCCUCAAGACUCCAAAAGCCGAUAUGUGCUCAAAGCUCGGGAUGGAUUUGAAGCGAACGAUGCUGCUGCGACUCGCACGGCGGGAUCCUAAACUGCAUCCUGAUGAUCCAGCCAAAAGAGAGGCGAUCUAUAACAAGUACCAGGAAUUUGCGAUCCCAGAAGAGGAAGCUGAAUGGGUUGGCUUGAGUUUAGAAGAAGCAAUAGAAAAACAGAGGCUCCUAGAAAAAAAGGACCCUGUCCCGCUCUUUAAGGUGUAUGCUGAAGAGCUCGUCAACCAACUGAAAGAACAGGCACUGCAGAAGCAGUAGAAGGAAAGAAACCUUUGGAGCAAACCCCCUGCUGCAGAUCAAGCUGUGGGGUUCAGGGAGUCUUCUGUCUGAACCACGUUGUGUGGAGGGGGCCACAUGAAGAGCAUGCCCAGGAGCAUGUUGCAGUUAUCGAAGUCUAAUGACAGCCUAAAUUCAGUGAGGAACCAUUCCUGUGGGCUGAGGAAGGAAUUUCUGUCCUGUGGCCUCUGAAAGCGUUCUUGUAAGACUGACUUAAUGUGGUUCUACCUGU